AUGUUAAGCGAGAGCAUUGAGGAGCUUAUGCAGAAAAAGGAGGGGGAAGCAGAGGGUGACAUCUCAGAGACGGGUCAUGAAUCUCUGUGUGUAAAUUGUAGCAUAAAACAGGAGAGAAUUGAAAAGCUUCAGAAGUUGCGAUCGAAGCAAAGGAAGCGUAAUUUGAAGUUGCGAAAAGAGAAUAUAAACCUCCGAAAGUUAGUUGAAUAUUUGCGAAAAGAUUUGUCCUCUGAAGAAAGCAGCACUGACGAAGCAGAACACGAAACAUGUGAAGAUAUUGGUAUUUUAGACGAAGCAUGUCAUUUCGAUGAUGAAUUAAUGGGGAAUAGUUCGGAUGAUGAUUUAAGAGAGGAAACAAAAGAUCCAGACUGGAAUGCGAACAUGGAGGACGAAGAAGCUAACGCAUCAGAUGAUGACGAGCUUGGCGAAACGGAAGAUAAAAAUACAUCGGCCAAUAUGAGAUCGGCUGAUAGUGAACCAAAAUUUAUUGUGUUCUACAGUGUGUUGGUUUCAUUGUUCUCAUUGUUCUGUUUUGAAUGCAAGGCACAAUCACCAAGUGUUAAUGUCAAAAUGCAUGGAUCAAUGACAAUAGUGGAACAAACAUGCAAAUCAUGCAAAGGUUAUAGCUACGUAGAGGAGUCAACCAUUGGUCCUGGGAAAGUAUCCUGCUGGUGAUAUUUUACUGAGUUUUGCGACCCUGAUGUCUGAUGUACCACCCAUCUAUGCCACCGCUCGUGAAUACCUAAAUAAUCAAGCAGUGAGUCGUUAAUUCCACGUUCGCGAAUACCAAGGAUAUUAUAUACUUUUGUUGUGUAUAGCCGAAAUCGAUAAAAGACUCUAUUA